AUGGCGUUUCCUAUCUCAGUCCCGUGGUUUUACGGGAACCUGUCAGCGUACAUAGACUCGUAUUACAUCAGCAAACUUGGUCCAGACGGACACAGCGUCGGUUCGCUAUGGAUGCUGGCUAUAAUCGGCUUCGGUACAAACCUGUCUUUUGUGUUCUCUGGGAUGUUGUCUAAGAAAAUCGGGCCAUGGCUAACAUCAGCGGUUACCAUGGGUGUGUUCAACUUUGCUUUAUUCAUGUCAUUUUUCACCAUCCAGCACAGUUUCUGGCUGCUGCACGUGACGCUGGGAGCCCUGUGUGGGCUGUGCACUGGUGCAGGCUACUCUAUGAUGCUUUAUUUCCCAGUGUUGUGGGCGUCUGAGAAAGUUGCCUUCGUCAGUUCUUUAGUCCUGGCCUCCUCCGGUGUCGGAAGCAUAAUUAUUAACCAAGUCAUAACUUUAUACAUAAAUCCUGAGAACGAUGAGCCGAACUUGAGUCUGGGACAGAGCCAUUACUUUAAUCAGGAUGACAUCAUUGAGAGGGUGCCUUAUGUUUUUUUAGUCAUCGGGGGCUUGUCUUCUGCUUUCCACGUCAUAUCAUUGUUGUUGCUACGAAACCCAGUCUCUCCCAACACAACAACAACCAAACUAAAGGAAGCAAAUCUGGACGAGAAGACGACAUGUGAAGUAAAUUUGAACAACUACUCGUCGAUAUCACAGGACCAAAGCAAGCCAGACCAGCAGGGUAGUGAUAUGCUUCAGGUAAAACAAGAACCUCACAUAUUUCCAUGGAAGACUCUGAAAUCUGUUAAUUUUUACUUGAUCACAUUUGCUACAACUUUGAUGAUGAGCGCAUUUCUUGCAGAAAGCAACUACUAUAAACAAUUUGGACUUUUAUACAUAACAGACGACCACUUUCUAACAAACUUAAGUGUCGCUGUAAGCGUUGUUGUAACAGUGUGUCGCAUCUGUGUAUUUAGUUACGUACUCGAGAAGUUUAGCUACAACACCGUGUCCAUAUUUGUCACUGCCUCUCAAGCUAUUGUAGUGGUGUUCUGGUAUUUUACACCCACAAUCGACAAGUGGUUAUACUUUUUUACCUACAUUUUAAUUCAAGCAAUUCAGAGUGGAUCAAUGAUUUUAUUUCCAUUAAUUACUCUUCGAGUUUUUGGUCCUGAAGAUUAUGUGGUCAACUACGGGCUAGUCCUGCUCAUGGGCAGCGUCAUUCUGUUACUGACGCCAUUCUUGAUGCAGCUGAUUCUCCUCAAGUUCGGCUGGUUCUGGGUCUUCUUUUCUAUUUCUUUGACAAGCGUGGCAGCACUGGUCAUGUGUGCGUUGUUGCCACGGGAUACGGCACAUGCUAAAUAA